AUGGCUGCAGUGUUAAAGAAAAGAGCAUUAGCAGAGUACAAUAAAUCUUUUCAGGAUGGACCACCUACAAAAAAGCUCCAUCUUGUCAAGAAGCCUCUAAUAGGCAGUUCAGCAGCAGCAUUUGUAGGUCUGUUAGAAAAAUGCAAAUCUAGCGAUGAAGCUCUUCAGUUGCUGCUUCGUAUCUCAGACUGCCUGCAGUUUCAAGAGUCUGAUGUUGAAGAAGCCAUUAAAAAACUGUCUGAGCACUUUCAAUCGGAAGAAGAUUCUGUUGUGAGAGUUAAAAUACUUUGGCUGUUUUGUGACAUCGGAUUAGAAUGUCCAGGUGCAAAUCUUAAUAAUUUAAUUGAUGAAACUAUACAUCUGAUAAAAAAUGAAACAUCCCAUAAGGUAAUAGCACAAGGAAUGGCGACACUGAUAAAACUUGGCAAUAAAUUGACCGAUGAUAAAAUUCUCAUGAUGCGAUUGGUUAGUGUCGCUAAGGACAACUUGAAGGACACUAGUCACCAGGUCAAGUGCCGGUGCCUACAGCUAAUAAGUGAACUCUACCCUAUAUACCCAGAGUCUGAGAGAACAACCGAUAUGUCGGCUGAGGCUAAUGCUAUUGUCAAGUUGCUUGCAGAUUAUUCUAAUGCUGAGGAUGCAAGAGUGCGCUGUGAGUCUUUCCAGUCCCUGUUAACUCUCGAUGAACGAGGUCAGACGUUAAGUGCUGAACUAUAUGAUAAUGUAUGUCCAGCUCUCUCUGAUGAUUAUGAGAUUGUUAGAGAGGUGGCCCUGAAGUUAGUAUGGCUAUUGGGCAAUAAAUAUCCUGAAAAUCUUACAACUCUACAGGAUGGAGAGACAACAAUGCGUUUGGUGGACGACGCGUUCAUUCGCAUUUGUUCGGCAGUGAAUGAUCUCUGCAUGCAAGUGCGUGCGUUGGCUUGCACGCUCCUCGGUACAACACGUGGAGUAUCCGACCGGUUCUUGCUGCAGACUUUAGAUAAACAGCUCAUGAGUAAUAUGAAGAAAAAGCGCACCGCUCACGAGCGUGGUGCCGAGUUGGUGCGAUCCGGGGCUUGGGCUAGUGGCCGGCGGUGGGCCGACGACGCUCCCGGACAGCUCGUGGAGCAGGACGACGUGCAGCUGCUGCCCGGCGGCGCCGCCGGGGCCUUCGUGCACGGCCUCGAGGAUGAGCUGAUGGAGGUCCGAACCGCGGCUGUGGAUGCCGUCUGCCAGUUGUCCAUGGAGAAUCCUGUAUUCGCGACCACAUCACUAGAUUUCUUAGUGGAUAUGUUCAACGACGAAAUAGAGGAUGUGCGGCUGCGGGCUAUUGACAGUCUCACGCGUAUCUCACACCAUAUAGUGCUGCGGGAAGACCAGUUGGAAACUAUACUCGGCGCACUGGAGGAUUACUCCAUGGAUGUCAGAGAGGGUCUUCAUAGAAUGCUUGGCUCUUGCACCGUCGCCUCUAAGACCUGCCUCGAGAUGUGCAUUGACAAAAUACUAGAGAAUCUCAAGAGAUAUCCACAGGACAAGCGGUCUACGUUUCGUUGCGUGCAACAAUUGGGCAGCUCGCACGCGACCCUCGUGUUACCGUUGACGGCGCGAUUGCUCGCUAUACAUCCAUUCUUUGAUAUGCCCGAACCAGACGUCGACGACCCUGCCUACAUGUGCGUGUUGAUCCUAGUGCUGAACGCAGCUCAACACUGCACCACCAUGUUGCCAUUGUUCGAGGAGCAUACCAUCAAACAUUAUACGUAUCUACGGGACACGAUGCCACAUCUCGUGCCGUAUCUGCCGAUAGGUGAUGCACAACAGUCUAAUGGAGAACGCAUAGAGCCGACAGACGACAGCGCAGUGCGACGCUUCUUCGACUCUGUGCUGCAGCACAUAGAUAACACGACGCUAUCUACUAACGUGCGCCUCAAGAUGUUACAGUCCGCUGAAGAGCAACUGAAUAAGUUGUCAGAGAUGGAGCCGAGCGUGUCUGGCGCGGCUAACUUCACGGCUUUGUUCGCUCGGAGCGCUAGAAUGCUGCAUGAAGCGUUGAAUUCUAGCUCUGGCCCGCCGGUUCAUGCGCUGCAGCAACUCACUACGGACUGUCUCAGACUUCAGCAUCAGUUCAGCGGUGUGACCGACCAGGAGAACGCGUGCGUGGUGCAGCUGGGUCUGCGCGUGUGCGCUGCGCGACUGUGGGGCGCGGCGGCGGCGGCGGGGGCGGGCGCCGCCACCACGGGGGCAGCCGGCCUCACCACGCCCGCCGCCCCCGCUCCCGCCGCGGCCGCCGCGCUCUCCGCCGCCGCCGCGCUCACUCACCACGCCGAGCUGGCGGACCGAGUGCUCGCCGCCGCUGGCGUGGAGCCGGACCCGUUCACGAUCGCAGUGUUCCAGCAGCUGUCGAUGAACGCGGACAACAAGCCGGCCGCGCUCGCCCGCGCCAUCGUGCCACUACUGCAGGCGGCGCCGCUUCCAAUUAUACCGAAACCGAACCUCAACAUCCGCAUGUGCACAGCCAGUAUAAUAGAGCCAGCGAGCGAUAACGACACCGUGCUACGUUUCUGCGCUGGUUUGGUAACGAGUGUCGCUUUGGAGGCGGAAGUGUGUCGCGUGAGAGAGCCCGGCGCUUUGAGAGUGCGAGUCGCUUACCCUGAUCGUAGAGUACACGCGCUACGACCGCCCAGAGAUCAUCUACGUCCACUAGACCAUCAUCACAUCAAUGAAGAUGGCACACAGAAUGUACGAUUAUUAACAAAGGUGUUAAUAUCGCACGGUGUAUGGACAGAGCCAUGCGGCGUUGACAUGUCAGUGUGUCUGGCCGUCGAAGAAGGUGCUGGCCGGGAGCCUGCACAACUUGUAGAGUUAUGUCGACCUGUUCGUGUGACAGUCGCACCUAAACCCAUCAAACGUGGCAUUUGA